AAUUCUGCCACUCCGAUCGACAGACACCAAAAGAAAGUCUGAAGAAAGCACCGACCAAAGAGCUACCACAAAUCAAUCGUCACCCUUCCGCUUCCAACACCAGCCAAAUCGUCGAUUCCUUUCGCCAGCAGCUCGAAUCCCCACAGACAAUGUCGCUGAUCCGCCGCAGCAACGUGUUCGACCCCUUCUCCCUCGACUUCUUCGACCCAUUCGAAGGCUUCCCCUUCGGCUCCGGCAACAGCAGCAGCGGCAGUCUCGUCCCGCGCACCUCCUCCGACACAGCGGCCUUCGCGGGCGCGCGCAUCGACUGGAAGGAGACGUCCGAGGCGCACGUGUUCAAGGCGGACGUGCCGGGGCUGAAGAAGGAGGAGGUGAAGGUGGAGGUGGAGGACGGCAACAUCCUCCAGAUCAGCGGCGAGCGGAAGAAGGAGCAGGAGGAGAAGACCGACACCUGGCACCGCGUGGAGCGCAGCAGCGGCAAGUUCCUGCGCAGGUUCUGCCUCCCGGACAACGCCAAGGCGGAGCAGGUGAAGGCGUCCAUGGAGAACGGCGUGCUCACCGUCACCGUGCCCAAGGAGGAGGCCAAGAAGCCCGAGGUCAAGUCCAUCCAGAUCUCAGGCUAGGCGUCGGCGUGCUCGCUGCUGCGCGAUGAGAUGACUGCAGUCUGCAGAGCAGCGGUGUGGAGUUUCGACCCGGUCGUCGCGAUGAAAUAAAAUCAGGGGUAAAAUCAGAGUCCGGCUGUCUAGUGCUCUAGUGUUGUGUGCGAAUGGUCCGAUGUUGCAGUCAGUGUUUUGAGCCUCUCGCGUCUGUGUUUUGAGUCCACUUUGUUCAUCAGUCUGUACUUAUUCCAUCAGCAA